AAGCGAUAGCUGAGUGGAUUUUCUCAGGGAGCUUGGAUCCUACUAAAACAGGAUCUCCGUUUCUCCUCCUGCGCCUACACAUUUCUCUCCGCCCUAAACAAACACGAGAGAAAUCUCACACCUCUCUCAGCCCUCUGAGGUCGGGGGCGGGGGACGGUCCAUUAAUAAAGCAUAUUCCCAAACCACACACACACACACACACCCUGGAGUGUUUCCAGAAUGCCUCAGUUCACUAACAUACGACCUUCAGACCCUUGUUUCUUACUACACCUCCCUUUGGCCGCUGACGGGCACCCUUCUGUUCGGUCCCCUUGAGACCCAGAAGUGCAGCCCUGGGUGGGGUUGGGGCUAUAACAGCCCAAACACAGAAGAGGGAGUAUGAGUCAAGCAUUUGAAGAAGGGAAGGGAGACAAGGCCCCCAGCCCCCGCAGGACGAGCUUGGACAUGCUAGGCGCUCCCAAGUAGGACCCCACCCACGCUAGGCGCCUCCUUGGGAAGACGGAGAAGGGGGAUCCCAGUCUUCACAGCCGCUCUACCUCUGCAGGGAAUCAAGUGACCCACUCACGCUGGGAAUGGGGUGGGGGUCAGGAAUCAAGGCAGUAGUAACCUUUGAGGCCCUCGAGGAAGAGGGUGCUGCAAGUCCAGACUCCUGGGAUCCCGGUGGCAAAGGAGGCUGGGCACAAGAUGUUUAGCUUCCUUUUGGAUGCUGGUACCCGGAGGCUGCAGAGGACUGCCCUGGAUUCUGACCUCAGCUAUUUUUCACCCCACGGUGAACGUGGGUCUGGGCCCGCCCCUCCCCAGCUUUUUAUAAGGGCAGAGGCCCGGGGACUGCAGUUUCACACACCAUGGGGCUAUCCACAAGACAGGACACCUUCCUGCUGGCCUUCACGCUGCUCUGCACCCUUAUGGGUCUCGGGUGCAGUCUAACCUGCGAAGUGUGUAAUGGCCCCGAGAAAACAUGCAGCGGGAAAAUGAGGCAGUGCGAGGACGGCAAGGACACGUGUGCGAUUAUCGUGAGCGAGUCCUAUGAAAAGGGCCCUUAUGUGAGCACCGUCAAGGCCUGCAUGAAAUCCAGAGACUGCCACUCGGGCUACGUGUCCACCACCAUGGGACCCAAUAAUUACAUGGUGACCAACACGCAUUGUUGCCAAAGGGAUGGCUGCAACCGUGGCUCUGUGCCCCCUCCCCAGUACAAUCGCACCGUGAAUGGCCUGUCGUGCCCCUCCUGUGUGGUGCCUUUCCGGGAUACAUGCGUGACAACGGAGCUAGUCCAGUGCGUUGGCCAGGAAACCCACUGCAUCUACUUGGCGGGCAGAGCAAAGACUGGAAUCAUCAGCGCCAAGUUUGCCACUCGGGGCUGUGCCACGGAGAGUGCCUGCCACACCAAGGCUGGGGCGGAGGUGCCCUCAGCCUCCUACUACUACUUCCUCAACCGGGCCGACUGCCACGAAGCCUCCUUGCCUUAUGGCAGGGCUGAGUGAAGGACCAAGGAAUAUGUGUGGCCUGAGGUCCCCAUCCGUCCUCAGCCCACAGCCCACCACGUGCAUAUAAAUUAAAGUUAACAGAGCAAGCCUGAGUCCGUGUGACGUGAUGCAUUGGGGAGGUGGGAUGUAGCGGGUUCUGGCCUCAGCCUUCUUUCCCGACUCCCUCUCUGUGGGAAAGAGAGGGAAGACCCUGCCUUUUACGGAGGGACACUAGUUGCCAGGCCCUGCGCUAAGGCUUUCCUUGCUAUGCCUCAUCUUACAAUCACAAUAACUCUAUGAAUCCGACGUUAUCAUCCCACUUUAUGGACUAACAAACUGAGGCAGAUCCCGUGUCUCUUGCCUCGGGUCAGCUCGGAAGAUUCAGAACCCUGAUUUGAACCUCAGUCCGUCACACCACGGUCCUCGAUCAGCUCUCCCGAUUA